UUUCUUUAAUUACAACUAUCUAAUUUGCAAAAAAUGAUGGCCAAAAACAACCCUUUAAAAGGUCAAAUCAACGAUUUUCCCCUUAUUCCUUGCUCCUUGACAAUCAAGAGUCUUACAAGGCAGGGCUGGGAGAGUCUGGAGCAUAAGGAGUGCUUGCUGAAGGUCAAUAUAAAGGACUCAAUUCCAGGGCUAGAGGUGAUUUCCGAGAGUAAAGAUAAAACCAUUCUGUAUAAAGAGACAGCCAAGAAAAUGAAAAAUUUCAGAUAUGACUCUGACUCUGUCCAGUGGAUAAAUAGCCAAGAUGAUAAGGAGUGUUUGAUGCGUCUCCGUGACCCGGAAGCAAUUGAUAUUGUAAAAGGUAUCUUCAGCCGGUUUGAAAUGGAAUAUCCGACAUCUUUGAAUAAAGACUCUUUCUACGACGAAAAUUUUAAAUUUAUAUCUAAUCGAAGCAAAAACUCUCAGCAAGCAAAGACCUGAGAGAGGCCUAAAUUAUCCUCUAAAAAUUUGGAGUCAUGUUCGAAUCAAAAGAAGGAUCUGGCUUUGGCGAGCUUAGAUUCUAAGGAAAAUUCUUCAAAUUUUGUCGAGUCUGACAGCUGAAAACCUGCUUGAACAUUAAGUCUCCCUAAGUCAAGCCCUGCGAAGACUCCCAGUAAAAAUCUCAAAGAAGAAACCUAAAACUAUUGGGGAGAAGUCUUGUAGUCCUGAAGAGGCAAGUGAUGUUGGUCAUUUUGGAAUGAAAAUUGCCAAAGCCUCAUUGGACAAGGCGUACCUGAAAAAUACUCUCAGGGUUACCAUCCCUAAUCCUAGCAAAUACGUUGACGAAGUUGAGAUAGGCCAGUCCCCAGCUAGAGACAUGAGGGGAGCAAUCACAAAGGAAAAAUUUGUUGAGAAUAUGGACAAUAUUAAGCAACUAAUCCUUUCUAAUGAAACUAACCCUGAGAAAAGAAUCAAGCUGAUGAAUGGGGUAAUGGUUGCUCUCAAUAGGGUUGAUGAUAAGAAGGAGAGGCAAGAAAUCACCCAAAUAUUCAAUAAUGAUCACCUCAUCCUAAACUUCAUUAACACUUAUCUGUGCUAUGUAAUUCAGAACAAAUUAGCUGGGAAAUUUCAGAUUUUAAAUCACAUAAAAGAUUAUAAUAUGACUGAGGAUAUUUUGUCUUAAAAAUCACAAAUGAGUUUGCAAAUGAGGUCAAUCGAGACUUCCUCAAGCUACUGAAAUAUGAGAAAUAUAAAGACGCAACUCUUGACCAGAUAUUCUUCACACUCUAUGGGACUCUUGAAGGAGGGUUCAACGAGGAAGAGA